UUACAAGUUGAGUGAUUUUCACAACGAAAGCGGUGAUGUUUCGAAGGCAAGCGUUAUUGUUGUGAAGUGAUUGCCAAAGCAACACGGACGUGAGACAAUAUUUUAUUUUAUCAAAUUGACCCAUGUCGCCGUGGAGCUGUACAGACUUUAACCCUUUGAAUGAGUUGAAUUCAUUCAGGACUAUAUGUUGAGAAAACCGACCGGAGAAAAAAAAGAGACGACAGUUUCUGAGGCUGUCUGGACCAGGAGGACGGAUCUGCCAGCUAAUAAAAAGACUCACAGCUGUGGGUACCAAGAGGGAUAUAUACACUCAGUGACAUCGCCAACAAAGAGGACACGGAAUAGAAGAUAAUCUGGAUAACCUUGUAAAUCUCCCGGCGUCGAUAAGAAGACAAGUUGGUGCAAAGAUAACACCUGACUUCCUUCAAUACUGUCACCUGGAAAUAGAAAGAAAAACAAAACAAGACCCCCUGCAGUGUUUUGAGGAUGAACCACUUAUCCCUCAGCGAGAUAUGUUGCCUGUUCUGCUGUCCACCGUGCCCCAGCAAGAUCGCCUCCAAGCUGGCCUUCCUGCCCCCAGAGCCCACCUACAGCCUCAUGUCUGACGACAGUGGCAGCAGAUGGACGCUGCACCUCUCCGAACGUGCCGACUGGCAGUACUCGUCCCGUGAGAAGGACGCCAUCGAGUGUUUCAUGACACGCACCUCAAGAGGGAACCGCAUCGCCUGCAUGUUUGUCCGCUGCUCGCCCAGCGCCAAGUACACAUUAUUAUUCUCCCACGGAAACGCAGUGGACUUGGGCCAGAUGAGCAGCUUCUACAUCGGCCUUGGUUCGCGGAUCAACUGCAACGUCUUCUCCUACGACUACUCGGGUUACGGGGCGAGUUCUGGGAAGCCCUCGGAGAAGAACCUGUAUGCUGAUGUCGACGCCGCCUGGCAGGCACUCCGAACACGGUAUGGCAUCCGGCCAGAGAACGUGAUCGUGUAUGGCCAGAGUAUCGGCACCGUGCCCUCUGUGGACCUGGCCUCUCGCUACGAGAGCGCCGCAGUCAUCCUCCACUCCCCGCUCACCUCUGGCAUGAGAGUGGCCUUCCCCGACACCAAGAAGACCUACUGCUUUGACGCCUUCCCUAACAUCGACAAGAUCUCCAAGGUGACGUCCCCAGUCCUGGUGAUCCAUGGGACGGAGGACGAGGUCAUCGACUUCUCCCACGGCCUGGCGCUUUAUGAGCGCUGUCAGCGCCCCGUGGAGCCGCUGUGGGUGGAGGGGGCAGGACACAAUGACGUGGAGCUCUACGGACAAUACCUGGAGAGACUCAAACAGUUUGUUGCACAUGAGCUGGUCAACUUGUAGAGGCGCUGGAAAGGAGGGCGGCGAGAGGGAGGAAGAGAGAAACAAGGUUUCCAGGAGAGGGUGGAUGAUGGAGAGGGGUACAACUUUUUCUUUUAUGUGAAUUGAUGCAGGUAGAAGUGGUGUUAGUCUGUGUAAUACUAAAGUCUUCUCUCAUUAUCGAGCGCCUCUCCCCCUUGGAGCUCCAGUUAGUCGGGGCACAGAGCCUUUCAGUACCAUCCACUCCACAUGCUGCAGCUGUGAACUUUCAACCUAUCAUUUUUCAUUUUGCUUUUAAUUUUUUUGUUUUUUUUUUAUGUUGCAAUUUGCACAUCCUGAGUGUGUGAAUGAAAAGAGUGCACAGACGAUAUUCUGAGUGUACAUGCAGUAAAUGAGUGUCCCGUUUUUUUUUUUGCUGCCUUUCUAAGAAGCACAUGGUCCACUGUUCCUUAUGGAGGGAUUUUGAGGCUAUAGAACUGGACUGGACUAGACUGUCCAACCCAAUCGAACUCCAUCUGACUCUGGGGUCAGGUUCGGACCUCAUCUCUGCAGUAACCAUGUAUUUCCUUUUUUUGGAUUAAAUUCAUUAUAUUUUUUUAUAUUAAACAUGAUUUUUGCACGUAUCAACUGUCACUGUACAAGACAAACUGACGUUAUCUAGCUGUGUGCCAGUAUUGCCAAAUGUUUAGUAUAAUAUAUAGCAGAGAGGUGGACGCACAAAGAAAUGUGUAGAAGAUAAAUCUAGAAACAUCUCCAAAGCUCUGUUGGCUGUAUUCAGUCCGUCUGUUAGGUCUUAAAAGGGGGAUUUGAUGUCUUGCAAUCUAGAAAAAUAUGAUGCAGUUCAUGUAGUCAGUAAAAGACCCGGGCUGUGUACCAAUGCAGGUUAUUUCCUCACACUCUGUCCUUUGGAAACAUUUCCACAGUUCCUACUUCAAGGUGAACUCAGAAGUAUUGCUGCUGUAGGACCGUUAUUGCUACGCUGUAGUAGAGAAAUGUUUCAGAACUCAAAAUGCUGGACAGGUAAAUGUACAAACUAUCUGACAUCUCUCUGGAAAUAACAAUAUUCCCCUUAAUAUAGUAACUAUAAUAGAACCCAGUGUUGACAGUGUUUUUUCUGUCUUUGGGUGAGACUAUAUCGAGUUAAAUAAUGUAAGUAGUUAUUAUUACAGAUCUUAUGUACCUGAAUCAGAUCUUGAUGUUGUCUUUUUUUAUAAGAUGCGUUAACUACUGUGACAGCGGUCUGUGCUCUAUUCAACACUUAUACCACUAAUGCCAAUCAUGACUGAAUGGUGCACAUUAUUAACACAUCUGGCAUAGAUUUAUUGUCACUUCAGGAAGUUGUUAAACAUUAUAGUGUUGCGUUUUAAGUUGUUGAGAAGCAUUUACAUUACGAGUACGUUUUGAACUUUAAAAUGAAUAGACAAUGGGCGAGGGGCUCAGCAUUAAAGGGCCUCCAUCAUGGACAUUUUGUUUUUGUUUGAACUUUCUUUCUGUCUGCAUGGUAUUUCUGGAUCCAUUGUUUAUUGUUUUGCCCUUUAAUGCUGAGCGUGCUGAAACAAAGCAUUUGCCAGCUGAUGGCUCCUUUGAGACCCUGAAAAGCAAAUGUCAAAGUGCUACUGCAUGCCAAGAACAGCUAGUUUUUCUUAAUUUGUUUUAGUCUGUGUGACAAACUCAGAGUUGAAUAAGAGAUCUCAAUAACUUUAUGUUUUUAUGGGUAUUUUUUUUACCUGUCUUACUCUAGACUGUGUCAACAAAAGGGGUCAAAUACCGUUUGUAUUAGAAAAUUAACCAAUAAGCAAAUGGGUGCUACUGUAAACUUCAGGUCUGAUCACUUACGUUAAAGAGGAAGUGGAAAUGGCUUGAUGUUUUGUCAUCUGUUCUGAAACUGUUUUUUUCACAACUCAUUUGUCUUAUAAAGAAGGUUAUGCUUUUUGUUUCAUUUUAACUUUGUAUAUAAUAUUUGUACUGGACAUGUCAUUUCUUUUUCUUUUUUUGUCAUUUCUUUGAGCUGUCAUUAUUCUUAUUUCUCUCUUGAUAUGAGACCAAGGUAGGCCAUCGUUUUGGCUCUCAGAAAACCUUUGUAUAGGUCACUUUGACUAAUGUCAUCUCUGAUUUGAUUAAUUUUGUAUAUCAUAUUUCAAUACAAAGAAACUUAUAUGUAAUAACAAUAUUAAUAAAGUAAUUCUAACGUGGAUAGAGAAAAUAAAAUUGUAUUUGAGAAGCAA